AUGCAUGGGAAGACCUGGGUGCUUUCCCUGCUGCUCCUGCUGGACCUGGGGCUAGGAUUUCAGAAGGUCCUGCCCCCACCCUGUGAGAGCCAGAUUUACUGCCAUGGGAAACUCCUGUAUCAAGUUCAGAUGGCCAAACUCUUCCAUGAUGACAAGCAGUUUGUGGACAUGCCACUGUCCAAGACCCCAGACCAAGUCCUGCACAGUUUUGAAGAACUGGCCAGUGUACACAAUGACAGCAUCCCUAAACCGCUCCUGCAGGAGUUUGUUAGAAAUAACUUCCUGGAAGCAUGGCAGGAACUGCAGCCCUGGACUCCAGGGGACUGGAAAGACAGCCCCCAGUUCUUGCAGAAUAUCUCAGAUGCCAAGUUGCGAGCCUGGGCAGGGGAUCUUCACCAACUCUGGAAGAAACUGGGAAAAAAGAUAAAGCCAGAGGUUCUCAACCAGCCUGAGUGCUUCUCUCUGAUCUACUCUAAACACCCUUUCAUCGUACCUGGUGGGCGCUUUGCUGAGUUCUACUACUGGGACUCCUACUGGGUGAUGGAGGGUCUGCUCCUCUCGGAGAUGCCUGAGACAGUGAAGGGUAUGCUGCAGAAUUUCCUGGACCUGGUGAAAAUUUACGGCCACAUCCCCAAUGGCGGGCGUGUGUACUACAUACAGCGAAGCCAGCCCCCACUGUUGGCCCUGAUGAUGGACCGCUACCUGACACACACCAAUGACACUGCCUUCUUAAGGGAGAACAUUGGGAUCCUGGCCUUGGAACUGAGCUUUUGGAGUGAGAAGAGAAGUGUCAAAGUGAGCUCCAAGGGAAAGAGCUAUGUUCUGAAUCGCUAUUAUGUUCCUUAUGGGGGACCCAGGCCAGAGUCCUUCAGCAAAGAUACAGAGUUGGCGACCACCUUGCCAGAAGGCGACCGGGAGGCUCUAUGGGCUGAGCUGAAGGCUGGAGCCGAGUCUGGGUGGGACUUCUCUUCCCGCUGGCUCUCUGGUGGCCAGAACCCCGACUCGCUCAGCAGCAUCCGAACCAGCAAACUGGUACCUGUCGACCUCAAUGCCUUCCUGUGCCAAGCGGAAGAGCUGAUGGGCAGCUUCUACUUUAGACUGGGGGAUGAUUUCCAAGCUACGAAGUACAGAAAUUUACGAGCACAGCGUAUGGAGGCCAUGAAGGACAUCCUGUGGGAUGAGGAGAAAGGUGUCUGGUUCGACUAUGACCUUGAGAAUGGGAAGAGGAACCCAGAGUUUUACCCAUCCAACCUCACUCCUCUCUGGGCCGGCUGCUUCUCUGACCCUGCUGCUUCGGACAAGGCUCUCAAGUACCUGGAGGACAUUCAGAUCCUGAACUACAAGCAUGGAAUCCCAACCUCUCUCCGGAAGACAGGCCAACAAUGGGACUUCCCCAAUGCCUGGGCUCCACUGCAGGACCUGGUUAUUAGAGGUCUGGCCAAGUCAUCCUCACUCCGGACCCAGGAAGUAGCAUUCCAGCUGGCCCAGAAUUGGAUCCGAACAAACUUUGAUGUCUACUCCAAAACGUUAGCCAUGUAUGAGAAGUAUGACAUCAGCAAUGGUGGACAACCAGGAGGCGGAGGGGAGUAUGAAGUUCAGGAGGGGUUUGGCUGGACCAACGGAGUGGUUCUGAUGCUCUUGGACCACUAUGGUGACCGGCUGACCUCGGGGGCCUGGUCAGCUCUCCAGGAACCCCAUUACCUGCUGGUGGCCCUCGUGCUCAACCUCCUGCAAUGGUGGUGGUGA